CACGCUCGUCAGCUGGGCGUGGCAAUUGCCUCGCUGGCGGUUUGAAGCGGAAGGCGCGACUCUCCGUAGAAGUGUUUGGGUUGCAGUGAAUCGGGUCGUAAAGCCAGGAAGAGAGAUGGCGGGACAGCUGACAUGUGAAGGGAUCACUUUGAAAGGCAGCGCGGAGAUCGUGUCCGAGUUCUUCUUUUUUGGCAUCAACAGUAUUUUGUAUCAGCGUGGGAUUUAUCCUCCAGAGACCUUCACCCGUGCGCAGAAAUAUGGGCUCACCCUGCUAGUCUCUACAGAUCCAGAUCUAAAGGAAUACUUGAAUACUGUGACGGAGCAACUCCAAGAUUGGCUGUACAAAUGUCAGGUCCAGAAACUGGUGGUAGUUAUUACAAGUAUUGACAGCAGUGAAAUUUUGGAACGUUGGCAGUUUGAUGUAGAAUGUGACAAAACUGUAAAAGAUGACAACGUUAUCAGGAAUAAAUCUCCAAAGGUUAUUCAAGAAGAAAUCCGAUCAGUUAUUAGACAAAUCACAGCUACAGUAACGUUCCUUCCAUUGCUGGAUACAGCUUGUGCCUUUGACUUGCUGAUCUACACAGACAAGGAUUUGCAAGUGCCUGAAAAGUGGGAGGAAUCUGGGCCUCAGUUUGUUUCCAACUCUGAAGAAGUCCGUCUUCGUUCCUUUACUACUACAAUCCACAAAGUCAACAGUAUGGUGGCAUACAAGAAGAUAGACUCCUAGAGAUGUAUUCUACUGAUGUACAGAAAGCUGCUCCAUCUUUUUCUCUGCUGCAGAUAUCACUAGUGACUUGUGUGCUGAUAUAGCUUUUAAUUGUCUGUUAUCCCUUGUAUGGGAUGUUGAUAUAUUGUACAAUAAUUGGGAAGGAAUGUGGGCAUUUUAUUCUUGCAUAAACGUUUGGAAAUGUGAAGAGAUUUCUUAUGCUAUAUUCUAUUUUUUUGACACUGCACAUCAUUUGAUUUUGUACCUCCCUUAUCAGGAGAUUUUUUAUUUUUUAUUUUUUUUGCUGCUUAAAUUUCCUAUCAUCAAACACAAAACCUUUGGUCCCAUCACUACUCCCAGUUAACUCUUGUUUUAUUUAUAUGGAUGCUAUGUUUGUAAACCUUGACAUCAGAUUUGUUUUUUUUCUUGUAAAUGUCAAUUUAUCCAUUUCAAGACCUUUUGAUAAAAUAAAGUGAUAUUUCUUAA